GAACGGAAUAGACGUUGCGUAACAAUCUUUUUCUUGCACGCGGCAAUGAGCCUUUCCUCGUUUCUGCGUGUCCGUCAUUGCAGCGAAUGCUUAACUCGGCGGCUGUGAAGUCUAUCGAGGAAAACUGCCUGCGCCUGGGUGUUGGUAAGAACUGCGAAGAUGUUCGUGAAGAACGCUGCCCUCCCUUCAGUGCUGGUAGCGACAUCGUUGCUAGGCCUUUGCUGGGCGGAACCGAUUCAGCUGAAGCAAGGGUGCAAGGUAGAGACCCUCAGAGCAUGCGGUGACACCUACCUGCCGUAUUGGAAAACAACUCGCCUGGAGGUUUCGGGGGAACCGUUGCGGAAAAACUGCCAGAUAUACAGAGAGCAAAUUGAGUGCAGCAGAAACUUCACUCGAGAGUGUGCUGUAGGUGUGCCGAGGGCGGCCGCAUUGUUGGGUCUGGAAGCUUUCCAGGACAACGUUGACGCUACCUGCACGGUUGGUACGAAGUCGUACGAAGAAUACCAAAAAGCGAUUGGCUGCAUGAAUUCUGUGGGAGCGAAGCUCAACGGCUGCUUUAGAGGACUCCACGACAACCUUGAAAAAGCUCUAGUCAAGGCGCCCACCAAGGACACCAUCAACUACUCAUGCUGCUCGUAUGCCGAGAUGGUGGACUGCUUCGAGAGGGUGCUGACACCUUGCGAGGACGUUCGGCGGCAAGCAGCUCACGCUCACCCUCGUGGAGCAAGUGUUCGGAGAGACGCUCAGCCUGGUGUGUGGAAGCUACAAAAGGGGAUCGGAAAGCUGCAGGAGCCUGCCCGAAUUGCCAGCACUGGGCCCGAACGAUCCCAAGUACGAUGGCUUCGUCGAGCUUCGUCCUCGAGAUUGCCAGCACAUUCGGUCGCAAGGACUAGGAAAUGCCUCCCAGUUCUAUCGCACUCUAGCAUUUUUGAAUGUGAUCCCAAGCGACAGAGAUCACAUUCCCGUGCUGAAUGUAGACAGUAGUCGUUCCAACCAAAUGGCCACUUAAACGCCCACUGUUACACAUUAUGAUGCAGGUUCGUUGAAUAGUUCGUAAUCGCUCUCUAAGGCUGAGCCUCCGAGAUCAUGAACGACUAAAAAGCCGUGUGUUUAAACUAUAGGGCUGAAUAGAAAAAUCAGAAUUU